GGCGAUAAUUACACAACGUUGUGUUUAUUAGUGGUUUUUUUUUUUUUCGGAACCAGUGACUUGUUACGAUUCAAGUCUGAAGAUUAUCACAAGACAAUAGUUUUUGAGAGGUUGAAAUUCGUGAUAGUGGGUGGGUACGCGGUGAGGAAAUUAUUUCCAUGUACUUGUCGUUGCGUUAAUUAAACAGUUUUAUCAUGGAUAAUCAGAUAUGUCUGAAGUGGAACAGUUUUUUGAACAAUAUUGCCACGAGCUUCGAGAGCCUCUGGGAAGAGGAGGGUCUCGUUGAUGUUACGUUGGCUAGUGAUGGACAGUGUUUGACUGCUCACAAGGUUAUCUUGUCAGCCAGUAGUCCUUUUUUUAAAAAAGUUUUUCAGGCAAAUCCAUGUCAACACCCAGUAAUAAUCCUCCAGGAUGUUCAUUUCACUGAGCUCGAGGCUCUCCUUAUAUUUAUAUAUAAAGGUGAAGUGAAUAUCGAGGAGAAAAAAUUAUCAGCACUGCUGAAAGCAGCUGAGACCCUCCAAAUUCGUGGACUAUCUGGUAACGAUUCAUUGGCUAAGGAUGUUUGCACGAAGCUCACAGACCUGGGACCUCCUAUUCUAGAAAAGGUCAUUCAAAAUGCUGGUGAGGAAGUCCCCAAGAGGAAGAAAAAAAAAGUGGAUAAAGGAAAUGACAGUUCUAUUCUUGAAACUGCUCUGACACCGAAGAGGCCUAGGUCCAUGAGUAUGAGUGAUACCUCCAGCAGUGAGAAGAGUAAUAAAGAUAUGGAUAUGGAUCAUCUUACUGCCAAUGCUGUUUAUGAUCCUCUUGAGAUGAAAAUAGAACCAUUCGAAGUAAAUCUCGAAGAUCUUGAAAAAACAGAUACUGAAGACGUUGAGCGAAACAGACUAGAUCCAACGAGUCCAAACGACACUCAAGGGAAUGUUAGAGAUCCAAUGGAAGAGAUUUCUGGUUCGCUGUCAAGCCCUUCAGGACUUACGGAGGCAAAAGCUGUACUUUAUCCUUAUCAACAAUUACCAUAUGCUGAUUUACUACCGAGCCCUGAAAUCAUUGGAUCUUGGGCAACAUCGAGACCUACGGAUCAUCUGGCUUGUGAUAUCAUGAAGUUAUUGUUUACAUCUGAAGAGAGGAUAAUGUGUAAUGUCAAUGGAAAAAUGGGAAAACGACAGUUUGAUAGUAACAAAAUAAGACUCAUCAGGGAAGUUUUACUGCAUUUUACUGGAAUGUCAGCGAAUAGUGUGGAAUGGGAGGAAGCGUGGAAGACUUGUGUUACAAAGAUUGAUACUAGUAAUAGGGGGUUGAAGAGGUAUCUCUGUCAGAGGAGGGCUGUUUUCACUCAAUGACUAGGAAGGCUCAAGUCAGGGGCUAAACGAAAACGCCAUCACUGACUUGUCAGUUCUUUUAGAUCGAGAUUGUCCAGGUGGAAUGUCAUUUAUUGCACUUGCAGGGGGUUGUCGACACAUUCCACUUGGAUAUUCUUCAGAAAAAAUUCCAAAGUUAUAACAACAGUCGAUAAAUUUUUCAAAUCUUCAAAAUUAUUCCCUCCAAGAGAUUGUUUUUCAAUCAUUAAGUAAUCUAUUCACGAAAAAAAAACAUUCCAGCAUUUUCUGUAAUAUGAAAGUUAGCUUUAAAACCCUCCUAGGAUAUAAAAAAAACACACGAUUGAAUAAAUCGCACGGGUAGUGUUCAUUGUGAAGAUAUAUCGAGUGCAUUAGUGAACUUGCUGUUAUAUCUGUAAUGAGGUGAUAAGGAUACUUAAUUUAAAUGUGAGAUUUAUUGAAUAAAUAUUAUGUCAAUGAAUGCUUAUAGAGUUCGAGCUAGGAUUAAUCGAUACAUUGUGUAAGAUACAGAAAAAAUCUAGAUGAUAGAUAUGAUUCUGUGAUUGGAUACAAUCGAGUCAAAGAUUUCGUUAAUUACGUACUAUUUAAUUGACAAAAUAUUAUUCAUGAUCUAGUGCAUUUUGCUCAAGUAGAUAUUUGGUUUCUGAUUUAUUAAUUCAUUUAUUUAUCGGUGAAUAUUCAUUACUUUAUUCAUGUAAAUUAUUAUGUUUCAUUCAAUUACAGAAUCCAAGUAAUAUAAUUCGAGUGCUUCUCGAUUUAUGUGAAUGAAGUCCGGGAAUUUUUCAGAAUAAUCCAGAUCUAUCCAAAAAUGUGUAUCAGGAAGUAACGGAUAAAUACAAGAACCGACGAAAAAAAAAAUACAUGAAUAUUUUAUAUUU